GUCAUUUGCCUAGCAGUGUUUGUGUGCAUUUAUGUGUGUUUGCGUGUACGCGCACAGUAUACAGUCUAUACUGUAAUCAUGACCCUGCCCUGAGCUUAUGACAGGACUGAACUUUGCAGUGGCUCACCACAUACUGUACUGUAGCCUUCUCUUUUUGUCAUCUAUAACAUGGUCUUACUCAAACAGUGCGUAACCCAGUUCAAUGAAAAGUGGAAUCAUUACCCUUUAAUGGUGGCUAAUCUUUAUAAAAAACCAACAACCUGCAAUCAGUAAACUUCCAGUAAUCUGGCUCCCUGAACUAAAGGCUACGACUGAGCUCAGUGGAAGAUCACAUCAAGGAGUUUUCGAGGCGAGGCGGCUGCACAUCUAUAAAUUGUCUCUUUGAUCAAGCUGACUGUUGAGUUCGCCUCUUAAAAGACAUGGGAGUAUACGUCUUUUCCUUACGGGUCACAAACUCUCAGUUGCAAGUAGCUUUUCAACAAGUUCUUCAUGUGUACUUUAGAGAAUUGCUUGAGCCAGAUAUGUAUUUUUUUGUCUAUUUUCCAUUCAAGCUCUGCAGUAAUGCACAUCUUCCCUCUGUUUCAAACAAUUGUGAGGAUUGCAAUGAUUUAUUGCAAUUCAGUAAAGACCUAUCGGGGUGAUGCAGUCAUCUAUCAUUUGGAGGAAAAAAAGACCAUUUAUUUUAGUUAUUGCUGAAACAAUAUAGUACAACGCUGUAGAGGGAAGCAUGCAAUCUUGCCAGUAAAUUUUAAGCACUGACAACACUGCAAAUACUGUCGGGUGCAUUUGAGACAUAAGAGGAUUUUGACUUAAACUAGACAAUAGAGAUGUUCUCAGAAGAAAACAUGUUUAAGUAGUACAUUAUCAAUUUAGCGACACUUUAUCAUCAACAUCAAAAAACAUCAAAAUCAAAUCAAAAGUUAGCAGUUUAAUCCAAAACUCUGUGUCGAAAUUCUUCACCUUUUCAAAAAGAAAAUACCUUGAAAGAUAUAUUUUACCAGAACCCCCUCCCUGCGACUGAAAGCAUUCUUAUGUUUCACCAUGUUUACCCUCCUUAUUUAAAAUUAGACUUACAUGUCUAAACACCCAGUAGUUAUGGGUUGGUUGGUAAAUGUAUACCAGCUUUACUGAGCAGAGGCAGGUCCCAGCUGAUGCACUGAUUCCAUAUGGCUGAUCUGUAAUUACGGCAAAUUAGAGAGUUUCUGCAGCAACGUCCCAGUUAAAGAAAACACCCAACCUGCCAUGGUCAACAUGGUCCAAUCGUGACUGGGAGGUAAUGCAGACCAGACCAGUUGUUUGAACAUAUGCAUCAUUUGGGAUAAGAGAACCGUAAAGGUCGAACACGUGGACACGAGAGCUCGAUGAGUUAGUAGGAACCAGGCUGGUAGAUUCAGCUACACUGCUGCUGUGUGACCUGGCUGAGACAUUUUACAUGCAGUUUUCAUUGAUGCCACAUUUUGCACUUUGUGCGCCAUAGUGGCAACGUCUCCAGUGUAAUUGAUUCAUUUCAAACAGUCAAGUCAGACUAGGGAGAUUAUGCCGGUCACUGGUUUUCUGUAGUUGGUGCUCGUCUUAUCAGCGAAUGUUUCCUAUCACGGUCAUUUGGCUUUUCAGCUUUCUGUGGUCAUUUGAUAUCUGGAAUAUUAGACAACCUGUCUCAGGCAGUGUUGCUUUAAUGCUCACGAUGGUCAACGUUGUACAGUAGAUAUCGUCAGCCCCUCUCUGAUGUUGCCCUCUUAUUACAUUAGCCAGCUUAUGCAGCAGCAGCUGGCUGCAGCUGUGCUACCGCCACACUGAUGUCAUCUCUGCGAGUCUCCCCUGUACUCCCUCCUCCUGUCUCUCUCCCCCCUUCUUUUGUGAAUGUCUGAGCAAGUGAGGGCUUGUGGUGGGAGGUGAGUGGACUGGCUGCAGCUCCUCUGGUCGGGGGAUCAGUGGAGUGAGAGUGAAAGAAGCAGUGCCAUCGAGGCUGGACUGUGAUCCCCGGAGAACGGCAAUUUUGGUCAGGCGGGCGGGCCCGUUCUCUGAUGCAUCAUUACCAUAAAGGGAAUGGAUAAUGGAGAUCGACAAACAACAGUACAGUAAAGACUCUGUGUUCUUUCGUGAUGGGCUGCGCAGGAUCGACUUUGUCCUGUCCUACGUCGAUGACAAGGAUGGUGAGAGAAAACAGGAGAGGAGGAAAGUGUACGAGGCCAAUUUAGCAAAUGUUGGUUUGGAGCUGGAGACAGAAGAUAAAUCAGAGUCAGAUGAUGGAAAGACCUAUUUUGUGAAGAUCCAUGCUCCGUGGGAAGUGUUGGCCACCUACGCAGACGUACUGAAGAUCAAAGUUCCAUUCAAGGUCAAUGACAUCCCAGAAAACAGAGAGAUGCCCAUGAACUGGCUGUCCACCCCCUUUCGUCUGCCGGAGCAGAUCAUGCAGCCUGAGCCAGACUUCUUCACAGCUCCUUUCGACAAGAGCAAGUCCGACUUCUUCCUUAUCGACAACAAGGAGACAUUCUUUCCCCCCUCCACUCGCAACAGGAUAGUCUACUAUAUUCUGUCCCGCUGUUCGUAUUUAGGGGAGGAAUGUGGAGAUAAAGACAAGAAGGGAAUCAAGAGGUUACUCAACAAUGGCACCUACACCACUGCCUUUCCCCUGCAUGACUGUAGAUACUGGACAAGGUCGAAGGAUUUGAACUGCGAAAGUGAGAGAUACAAUCUCUACAAGCACUGGGCCAGAUUCCUCUUCUUCUUCAAGGAGCAGCCCCUGAACCUCAUAAGGAAGUACUAUGGGGAGAAGAUAGGUAUUUAUUUUGCGUGGCUGGGUUUCUACACCGAGAUGUUGCUCUUUGCUGCAAUAGUAGGGACAAUUUGUUUCGUCUACGGAGUCCUCACCUACGAUGAUAAUGAGUGGAGUAAAGAAAUAUGUGGGGAAAUUGGAGGCAAAAUUGUCAUGUGCCCGCUGUGUGACAAGAAAUGUGGCUACUGGAAACUCAACACAACAUGCAACUCCUCAUGGCAAUCGCACUUAUUUGACAACGUGGGAACAGUGUUUUUUGCCAUAUUCAUGGGGAUUUGGGUGACGCUGUUCCUGGAGUUCUGGAAGCGGCGGCAAGCUCGUCUCGAGUAUGAGUGGGAUCUGGUCGACUUUGAGGAGGAGCAACAGCAGCUGCAGCUUCGGCCAGAGUAUGAGACCAAGUGCACCAACCGCAAGCUCAACCGCAUCACUCAGGAAAUGGAGCCAUACUUACCCGUAACAAGCAAGUGUGCACGCUUAUGUCUUUCUGGAGCCACUGUCGUUUUAUGGAUCUCAUUGAUCAUUGCCUGCAUCAUUGGGGUGAUAGCGUACCGCCUGGCAGUGUACGCGGCCUUCGCCAGCAUCAUGAAGGACAGUCCCACCACCAAUCUGCAGGUGGUUGGCCCCUACAUCACGCCACAGCUGGCCACCUCCGUCACUGCCUCCUGCAUCAACUUUGUCAUCAUCAUGAUCCUCAACCUCAUGUAUGAGCGAGUGGCUGUCUGGAUCACUGAUAUGGAAAUCCCAAAGACACACCUGGAGUAUGAGAACAAAUUGACGGUGAAGAUGUUCCUCUUCCAGUUCGUCAACUACUACUCCUCCUGCUUCUACGUGGCUUUCUUCAAGGGCAAGUUUGUCGGCUAUCCUGGGAAUUAUGCUUAUAUGUUUGGCAAGUGGAGCAAGCUGAGGAAUGAAGAGUGUGACCCUGGUGGCUGUCUGAUUGAGUUGACCACCCAACUGGUGAUAGUGAUGACUGGUAAACAGGUUUGGGGCAACAUCCAAGAGGCUCUGGUCCCGUGGCUGAUGAACUGGUGGGGCAGCAGGAAGGCACGAAAACAUCCAGAGAGUCUUUACAGCCGCUGGGAGCAGGACCAUGACCUGCAGGGCUUUGGACAGCUGGGCCUUUUCUAUGAAUACCUGGAAAUGGUGAUCCAGUUUGGUUUCAUCACACUGUUUGUUGCCUCCUUCCCCCUCGCACCCCUGCUGGCACUUAUCAACAACAUCAUUGAGGUCAGAGUGGAUGCCUGGAAGCUCACCACGCAGUUCAGACGUCCCGUGGCAGCCAAAGCCCACAGCAUCGGAGCCUGGGAGGAAAUCCUCAGCGGGAUUGCCGUCCUGUCUGUUGUCACCAAUGCGUUCAUUGUGGCCUUCACCUCUGAUAUGAUCCCUCGGCUCGUGUACAUGUAUGCCUACCACCCAGAGGGUGACAUGAAUAUGAAAGGCUACAUAAACAACAGCCUGUCUGUGUUCAACAUAUCUGAGAUUCCACUGGCCAACAGCCCCGAGGAAGGGGAGAACCCUGCUUGGUUCAACAGCUCCAUCACUACCUGCAGAUAUCGUGACUACCGCUACCCAUCUGGCCAUGAGAAGCAAUACUCCCACACCAUGCAGUUUUGGCAUAUUUUGGCUGCCAAGCUUGCUUUCAUCAUUAUCAUGGAGCAUGUUGUCUUCUUGGUCAAGUUCUUUGUAGCCUGGAUGAUCCCGGAUGUUCCCUCUGACGUGAGGGCUCGAGUAAAGAGAGAGCGCUACCUGGUCCAGGAGUAUCUCCAUAACUACGAAGUGGAGAAGCUGAAGAUCCAGCUCAGCCAAAAUAGCAACAGUGACUGUAAUUGUGCGCCUAUGAUUUAUCCCUCUUUACCUACACAUGAGGUGCUGUCAGAGUGUCUCUAGCAAAGCGCGCUGCUGGUCAAUCAGCCGGACGCGAUGGGAUGACAUGGUGACGUAGAUUAUGUUCCUGACCGUCACUUUGCUGCAGUGCCUGCGUUGUUUGUGCAGUACACACAGACACGUUUUAUGAAAGAGCUAGAGGUUUCCUUAAUUCACAGCCAUCCUGCUGAUUGUAGAAGUGCACACAGGUGAAAGACCAAGUCUCCAUGCAUGCUGAAACAUAAUGCAAUUGAAUAUGAAUGCUGUCUUGUAUUUAUGACUUUACACUCUACGUUAUAAUUAUAGUGAUCAGGAUAAUUCAAAUAUUAUACUGUGUCUAAACCAGAUAACUUAGUGUGGUUUUAAUGCUAUUUAUUUCAUGACCACCAUUGUAACCAAAGACUGGAUGCCUUAAGAUGUCACAAACUUACCACUGAUAUAAUUUAGCUGCCAUUAGAACAACAAUAUUAUUUGGAAACUGAGAUCUAGACAAUUUUUCAGGUUUAAAAAUGUGUUUGUUUGUAUGUACGGUGAUAUGAAGGGUCCCAGUGUCGUGUAUUGUAAGCUUAUGUUUAAUUUUUUAUUUUUUUUAUUAGUUUCUACUGUAACAAAUGUGAGUGUUGUUUAUUUGACAUUAUUGUGGUCACUACACAGAUGUAAUACAAAUUACCAAAUUAUUUUCCUCACCCCACUGGCUUUUAAGCGGCCUGGUUAUUUUUGCUUCGAUCUCAUAACAGCCCAGUGGUUGCUGCGGGACAAAACCUGACACGUGAAGUAGUUUUUUUAUGAAGAAAGAUAAAGCUGCUGUUAUUACUGUGAGUAAGGGCCGAUUUUGUCCUGCAAUGGCCAGUUGUUGAGCAGCAGCAGCCGCAGCAGCUGUUGACUGUUGACAGUGAGCCAUGUCCCUGGAGAUGGAAAGCAAAAAGCCCUGAGAGGUUGAAGAGAUCCCUUUUUAAUGUGUUUCUGUUUACCAACACAUUGGAGCUAAUGAAAGCCUGCCCCACCUACUCAACUAUGUUUGCUUCAUUACACAAAGCACAUCAGCCGUCGCCUAAUCCUGUGCUACUGGUUUCCUCCGCUGUGUCUGUUUUUGUUUUUGCACAAAGCACUUAAUGAAACCUCACUACCGAGAGACAUAAACAUGUUAAUCUAUUUGCUGUCCUCCUGACAUGUGGUCAUAAUCAGUGUUUUAAUUCAGCAAUGUGCGAUAGUCUUUGCUCGUUGAGUUCCUUGUUCUGAUUUUGAGGUUUAUAAUGAGGGUAAAUGCCAACAAAGAAAGAGAGAGAGAUGAAGCCUUUUAUUUUGAAAUUAAAUACUGGAUAUAUUUAAUGUUUAUUAGGCUGCAUAUACAUAAGUAUGGAGACAACUGAAGUAUUUUGAAUUUAAAGUAGAAUGGCUUACUGGCUGUCCUUCAAACUCAGGCAACCAAAUCCAAUGUUAGUUUGAGAUAUAUUUACAUGUGACCACUGAAGCUGAGAGCAAUGUUGGAGAGUUCUUAUUGGCCUUUUUCAUGCCAUGCGCCUUGCUAAGCUAUGCCUGUUGAUGCCUUAAUAAAUCAAAUAACUUUGUUCUCUGUUUUAUUUCUUUGAAUUAACCUUUUACUUCUUCUUAUGCCUGCCUCGUUUUGCCUUGAUAAUAGUUUAUUUCAUACUGUUAUAAUAAAAGAAAAGGGUGAACCAGUUUACUGUAUGCUCAAAGUUAUGAUUUUGUAUUUUCAUUUAUUUAGUUAUGUAUUUUUUGUAAUUGUCCUAUUUACGAUUGUGUUAUGUAACAGAGACAAUUCUCCAAAAUAAAGUACCUGUUGAUCUUAAA